GUUAAAUCCGUGAACGGUUUUUAACAUGAUAUACCUUUUAUGACACGAAAAACAUUUACAUGUAUAUUUUAUCAAUUUUUAUUGAAUAACUAGUUUAUGUCUAGUGUUAUCUAACCUUUAUCUUUGAAAGACAUAAUAUCACGAGGGUAUUUCCCAAAUAGUUAUUUUCAAUGAUGAAUCAUUGGAAUCAAUAAAUGUUUUUCGUGUUCCGUUGAAAAGAAAGUAAAAAAUAUUCCUCAGAAUAAAAAGGUGAAAAAGGUGUGAAUAAAGGAAAGAAACAAAAUGGUUUGGAGGAUAUGUUUUUUUUCUGCGACAUUAACUAUAUCUGUAAUACUUCAUUUAACCUCAGCACAACUAUCUACGAAUGAAGCAUUACUUAACAUGACAGCAUGUGAUUCAUCUAAAAUCACGUUAGACUGUGGACCGGGCUCAAAGAUUGCUAUAAACUCAUUACAUUACGCCUAUCAUGUUAGCUGUGAGACAACAUGUUGUACAUACGACAAGUCGCACUGCUUUGUUGAAGCCGAGAUAAACGACAUUCGAGCUGUAACUCGUGAUUGUUCUGGAAAAUCAUCCUGCCCUGUGCAUAUAACUACAGAACCAACAGACUUCACAACCACAACUUGUGCCCUAGGCGUUCAGCCUAUUUCAUAUGUUUAUUUAGAGUAUUACUGUAUACCAAGUGCACGAAUAAUGUCAGUAUGUUCUAAAGGACAUCUGGAGGAGUCAGACGGCAAGCCCCUGUAUCUAACCAGCGAUAAUUAUCCUGCUGUAACAACUGGAAGCACGUCCUGUUCAUGUUCCUUUGAAGUAUUCUCCUGUACAUCAAAAAUAAACAUGUAUACUAUUGAUGCAGACUUAUAUCUAGAUACAAAUAAUUGUGAACAGAAUCUGAAUUUCCUCGACACAGACAAUAAUACCUUAUCAACGAUUGGUUGUGAUGAACAUUACAAUAACAACAUAGAAAGUAGAUUGUUAAAUAGUCACUACGUAAAGAUUGAUUUCAUCAACAACAGUACAUCAAACCAACAAGGCUUAUUUUUCGUCGGACUUGAUGCUUCAGAUACGGGUAAGCGCUAUAAGCUGACUUGCAGUUCCCAACCGGAAACAUGGUGUGCCGGAUGUGGUAAUCUUCCAAAUAUCGGCAAUGGAAACAUUACACUUAGCAAAGAGAACGAUUUUUCUUAUGAAGCAACAGCCGAGGUUACUUGUGAUUCAGGUUAUAAAACAGAUACACCAAAUAUAAGUUGUCAAACUAAUGGAUCAUGGUCGAUUGCAAAGUGUACAGAAAAACCUCCAUGUUCAGCAAAUGAGUGGAGAUGUGCAAAUGGAGAUUGUAUAUCCGUGAGCGAAAAAUGUGACAAUGUUCCCAACUGCAUUGAUGAAUCUGACGAAAAGAGUUGUUCAAAUCCAUCAUGCCCGGAAAGUCUGGAGUUAUGUAAACAUUCUAAUGGAAGCCAUGUGUGUGUCGACAAAGGAACUGAGUGCGGUACAACACCAGCACUUCAUCCAAAGAAGAAGAAAGACACUGGAGUUGAUAUAAUCAUCAUCAUAGUCGUAGUAGUUCUGUGUUUAAUCAUUCUACUCCAGCUUCUAGUUAUGUGUUAUCUACAAUGUAAAAUACAUAAUAAAAGAACAACUGCAACACCCGAUAAGUCUGAGGUCAGUAAGCGGAUAGUGAUGACUAUAUUAGGAAGUAUUCCAGUGGUCGGACUUAUACCAAUCUAUAUGACAUGGAAGAUUUCAAAAACUCAAAAACAAGAAUCAAACGAAAGAAGGAAGUCAGAAGGACAGUAAAGGUGCUUCUAAUCCUACGCAUGGUAACAUACCUAUAAAUAAAAACGCAGGUGAACGUGACUUCUCUCAUAUUCAUGGCGCCAGUGGAAUCGAACUAAAACAGACAU